AUGAGUACCAUAAUGUUUCCACCGCAGGUGCUUGCUCGUAUAUCACCAGAUUUAUAUUUGCAAAGACAUCUAUCCCUCGGUAUUCGACCAUGUCUUCGCUCAUUUGAAGAGUUUAGAGAUAUACAGAUUAGCGAUGAGAAUCUAUCCAGGUAUAGUGCUAGUUGUAAGAAUAUGAAUUCUAAUAAUAUCUUGGGGUCGAACGUGCUGAAAGCAGGUAAAACGGUCAUUAUAACUACUAUUACAGGCGGUAUAAUAGAGAAUACGUUCGCUAGCACUGGGUCAGGGAGAACGGUUUCAAACGGAACUAAGGCCGAGGAAGAAAACAGGACUAUAUAUCCACUAGUGGAGAUUCAUAGAGGCAACUCUGGAAUGCCUACAGAUGAGGAGAUGAUUAUCGCUCAGAGACUUCAUGAUGGCAUAUUAUCCUCGGAAUUAAUUCCGAAGGAGUCAUUGGCUGUUAAAACUGGUCUAAAGACUACCGACGAAAAUGGGAAAUCCCAAGUGAUCUACCCAGAAGAUGGUGAUGCGGGGGCGGCUUUUGAUAACGGUAUACUGGACUCUAAGAUGAGUAGGGUGUGGAGUUACACGCUUUACGCUAAGGUCGAAGUUUUCAGCCGCGAUGGCCCAUUAGCCGAACUCUGCUGGAACUCACUGAUAUAUGCUUUACAGAAAGUCCGUCUUCCAAGAGCUUAUAUUGAUGAACGUGCUAGUGAUCUUAAGAUCCCGGUUAGAACAAGGGGUCGUAGUGCGGCAAUUAGAGAGACCUAUGACAUAUUAUGCGAUCCCACUGAGAGCAUUCCAUUAAAAUUGAAUACUGAUAAAAUAGCAUAUGCUUCGGGGUUUGGGGUUGUUGAACUGGAUCCCGAAGCGCAAAUACCGGAAGAUGACGAAGAAAUGGAUGUCGAACGCCAAGAUAAGGUGCUUUUGGCGGACCUAGAGGGUGAAGCCGAGGAAACUUCGAUCAAUUCGAGAAUAUCUGUAACAACAGACCAGCAUGGAAACUUCAAGAAUGUCACAAUUAUUGGAGGCGGACUGAAACUAACUAAAGACUUGAUACGCCACUCACUAGAUCUAGCUAAGGAACGCUCUAAAGAUUUAGACUCAAAAGUGAUAUCUUAA